UUAGACGAUAAAUCAACAACAACAUUAUUCGGUGCCAUUCAGUUGUAAAUUUUACAGUAAAUAAGACGUCGGUAACGUAAUUUAUUAUUCAGAAAUAAAAUAUUACACAACUUGUGAUAAAUUUUAAAAGUAAUUGUGAAAUAUAUACUUAAUAAUCUUUUUUAAUAAUAAUCAUGACUCAAGCUCGUCUUGCGUCCUGUAUUCCUCUGCCUUUGGAACAUAAACUGCUAGUCACUGUAAUUGAGAAGGCCAAGGACUGGGCGCUAAUGCAUGGUGUCGGUAUGAGAGACAAGAAAAACUUCACGAAAGACUCUAUACAGAUCGCACCCUUCGUGCUGCUGCCAUCGCCAUUCCCACGCACAGAGUUUAACAAGGCCGUUGAACUUCAGCCUAUUUUAAAUGAAUUAAUGCACAAGGUAGCGCAUGACGACGAAUUUCUUGAACAUACAUUGCGAAACACUCUUGAAGUUGAUGAUUUCACUGCCAAACUCUAUGACAUCUGGAUCAAAGUAAGAGAGGAAGGCAUAACACAGCCGAUAUCACUGGGAAUGCUGAGGUCGGACAUCAUGCUGGAGUCGCGGUGUCCGCACACAGAGAACCAGUGCGCGAAACACACGCCAUAUUGUUCAUGGAAACAAGUGGAGAUCAACAGUAUAGCGUCCGGUUUCGGCCAUCUCGGGCCCUCUCUCAGCCUGGGCCUCUUCCGUUCGGACUAUCUAAUGCAGAACCCAGAAGGGAACAAGAUAAAACAAGUGGAGCUUAAUACUGUGGCAUCGAGUUUCGGCGCUAUAUCGUCGAAUCUUCCCGCCAUGUCUCGCUACAUCCUACGUCAGUUAGGACACGGUGAUCUCAUUCAAAAUAUGCCUGAAAAUCGUGCUCUAUCUGGUCUGUGUUCGGGUAUAAUCGAAGCGUAUGACUUGUUCGGGGUACCAUCAGCUGUGGUGAUAUUCGUUGUUGAAGAAAUCUCUUACAAUAUUUGCGAUCAGAGGUUCCACGAGUUCGAGAUAUCGGAAAAAAGACCGGAUAUAAUGAUACAUAGAAAAACGCUUAACGAAAUUUAUGAAGAGACGACCCUUAAUGAUAAGAAACAGUUAAUGUUAGACGGUAAACCGGUGGCGGUAGUGUACUACCGAUCUGGUUAUGAACCCGCUCAGUAUCCGUCCUCAAGGGAAUGGGAUGCAAGAUUACGGGUCGAGAGAUCAUCAGCAAUAAAAUGUCCGUCGAUCCACUAUCAGCUGGCUGGUACGAAGAAGGUUCAACAGGCGUUAGCAGCUCCAGGUAUCUUGGAGAAGUUCGUAGCCGGCUCAGCCACUGAGCGAGUGAGAGAUAUCUUCACUGGACUCUACUCGCUGGACUUCGAUGAGAGUGGCGAGCGAGCGGUUGAGAUGGCUUUGGAGGAUGCUGAAAGAUUCGUGCUGAAGCCGCAGCGCGAAGGCGGCGGGAACAACGUGUACGGCGCCGACGUGCGCACCGCACUGCUGCGCAUGCGCCGCUCACGCGAGCGCGCCGCCUACGUGCUCAUGGAGCGCAUCCUACCUCCCACGGUGGCGGGAUAUGUUGUUCGACCUGGUGCAGCAAUUCCUCCGCCCCUCACCGACUUAGUGUCAGAACUAGGGAUAUUUGGUGUUAUUAUUGGGACCAAAGAGAAAAUCUACUGCAAUCGUCAAGCGGGACAUAUGCUUCGCACAAAGCUGGCUGAGGUUAAUGAGGGAGGUGUGGCCGCUGGCUUGGGAGCCCUGGACUCACCAUAUUUAGUUGAUAUGUAAUUAAAUAAAUAUAGAUGCUAUUAUAAAGCUGGUACAUAUAUUAGGAGGUAAAUUUCAAAUCUGUUAAACCACCAACCAGUGUGCACCAGCAGUCUUGAGGAUUAAGCUCUAGCCCUACUUCUACAUGGAGAAAAAAGUCCUAGGCCAGCUGUGAAAUGGCUACAUCUCACUCACACAUCUGACUUUUAACUGAUUGAGCCUUUACAGAAAAAAAAGUUAAAA